AUGCAUGCACGUUCCACCCGUGGCCUGGCUCGGCUAUUGCGGUGGGUGGACGGAGAUGAGCGAGCGCCGGCGGCCGUGGACCUGCUGCUGCUCCUGGUGCCUGUCCCUGGUGUCUGCUUCCUCCCGCUGCACCUGGAUGUGCAAACAUACAUCCUAACUCCAAAGGAUUUCAGACAAACGGAUCAUGUUUUUGUCAUUUCUGUUGGUGCCGGGAAGGGCAACAAGGCCUCAAGCAGGGCUAUCGCGGCCUGGAUGGUGAAGGUGAGCUCGAUGGCAUACAAAACCAAGGGGUUGGCAGUACCAGGAGGGAUUAUGGCGCACUCUAAACACAGUGGUAAAAGUGCCGUUGUUACAGCUUUGAUUGUGGGUCUGGGCGGCAAAGCUGCAACUAUGAACGGAGGAUCCUCUAUAAAAGAAUUUGUGAAAGAGGGACAGACGUCUGCGGACAUAUCAAUAAGAUUGCGUAACCGAGGAUCGGAUGCAUUCAGACCGGAGGUGUACGGAGAUUCCAUUGUGGUUCAGCAGCAUUUAACUGUAGAUGGAGGCCGCACUUACAAACUGAAAAGUAAAACGGGGAGCAUUGUUUCAUCGAAGAAAGAAGAACUUGUCUCAAUCCUUGACCAUUUCAACAUACAGAUAGACAACCCAGUGUCCAUUCUAACUCCGGAGAUGAGCAAACUCCUUAUGCACUCUAAGAAUAAAUCUGACUUGUAUAAGUUUUUCAUGAAAGCUACACAGCUGGAGCAGAUGAAAGGAAAAUAUUCUUACAUCAUGGAAACAAAGAUCAGCAGAGAUAACCAAGUUACUUUUGAUAAAGAGAGACUCCAGGAGCUAAAGCAGGAUUAUAUAAGAAAUGAGGAUAGACUAAAAGACCUGGCAUCACUGGGCGAAAGGAAGAAGAAGUUAGAAGAUCUCAGCCGUAGCAUGGCCUGGGCAGUGGUGAUUGAGCUGGAGAAGCAGCUAAACCCAGUUAGGGAACAAAUCGCUGCAGAGGAGGGGCGCACAGUAAACUUUGAGCAGAUCAUCAACGAAUGGCAGGAAAAAGUGAGCAGUGCUGAUGAGAAUUUCCGAGCUAUACAGGAGAAGCUGGAAGAGAUCAGCCAGGAGGCUCAGGCGCUGAAACCGCAGUGCAUAGCGUUAAAAGAUGAUGUGCAGCAAAAGAAGAAGUCCUAUCAUGAAUCAGAGGUCGUUUUUAAUCGUCACAUGAUGGGCUUGAGACAACUGGAAAGAGAUGCGCAGCAGCUGCAGAUGCGAAUUGAAGAGUUAAAGAACAGUACUGAUAAUACCUCUGAUGAAGAAAAGAGACUGAGACAAAUACAACUACAGAAACAUAAAGUAAAGGAACUACACGCUCAGGAGGUCACAACUACGGAGCAGAUGGGCCAGUUCCAGCAGGCCAUAUACAGGGACAAAGAAGAGCGAAGCAAGCUCCUUAAUGAAGAACGUGAUCUGAAACACCAGAUCGAAAGACUGAAAAGGCAAAUAAAGGAGUUUCAGGACAGCAGAACAGACAGACUGAGGAGAUUUGGACCAAAUAUGCCAUCCCUUUUGGCAGCGAUUGAUGAUGCCUACAGACAGGGGCGCUUCAAGGAAAAACCCAUUGGACCGUUAGGUGCUUGCAUUCGUCUGAAAGACCCACAGCUUGAUCUUGCAGUAGAAAGUUGUCUGAAGUCCCUGCUCCUUGCUUUCUGCUGUGAUAAUCACCAAGAUGAGAGAACUCUGCAAAAUCUGAUGUCCAGGGAGUUCCAACAUGGUCAACGACCCUCGAUCAUCGUAAAUGGGUUCCGAGACAGAAUGUAUGAUGUCUCACAACGUGCUGUUUGCCAUCCUCUAUACCCAACUGUAUUGACGGCUAUAGAGAUUGAUAACCCUGUGGCUGCUAACUGCCUGAUUGAUAUGAGGGGAAUCGAAACUGUGCUGCUCAUUAAGAAUAACAGUGAGGCUCGAGAUGUGAUGCAGAGAAGACAACCACCUAGAAACUGUAGAGAAGCUUUUACUGCGGAUGGAGACCAAGUGUUUAAAAACUAUUCAUCAGACUUCAACCGAGCCAGAUACCUGAGCCGAGAUGUGGAAAUGGAGAUCGGUCACCUGGAAGGAGAAAUUGGUAAUUUGGCCUCCCAAUUAUCCACAGUCCAUCAAAGGGGUUUUUUCUUAGACAACGACAUCAGGAAAAAUGAAGACGUUCUACGUCUGCAUCAUGACACAAAGAAAAGGAUACAAGGCCAGCUCAGAGAAGCUAAUGCUCGUAUAGCCGAUCUGGAAAGUGUAGAGGAGCAGACUUCUAUUGACAUUUCAACAUUGGAAAGUGAAUUACAGGAGAACAAGAGCCAGAAUGAGCAUGACAGACUUGAGAUGGCGAAGGAACGGGAGCGCAUGGAACAUUUCAGAUCUCUGCUUUUGAACUCCGAGGGGCAGUAUGUUGAGAUAAAAAUUAAAAUCAAUUCUGUGUCUGAGUGGAAGGAUCCGGUAAAGGAAGCACUCCAUGAGGUGGAGUUGGAGGUAGGAUACUGUAAGCGGCAUAAGAAACACUACGAGGAAAAGCUCCGCCUUCAUUUAGAAGCAAUAAAGAAAAGCAAACAUGAGUUGAGGACCAAAGAAAGUGACUUGGAGGAUAAAAUCUCUCAUGCAAAGCAGAUUAAUCCUGAGAGAAUUGAAGUCACUCCAAGUGCUAAAAGUCUGGAUGCAGAAAUUAAAACGCUGAAGGCGAAGAUCAACUCGGAGCGCGAUCUUCACGGAAAUGGAGAAGAGAUUAUAAAAAAAUACCUUGCUUCAAAAGAGAAAUAUCAGGAAAUGCGUAUUAAAGUAAAGUAUCUCAAGAAGUUUGUUAAACUGUUGGAGGACAUAAUGACACAGAGAUAUAAGAUGUACCAGAAAUUCCUCAGGUAUCUCAGUUUGCGAUGCAAGUUUUACUUUGACUCCUUACUCUCUCAGCGAUCCUACUCUGGGAAAAUCUCAUUCGACCACAAGAAUGAGACACUCUCUAUUACCGUCCAGCCCGGAGAAGGAAAUAAAGCUUCAAUAACCGAUAUGAGGUCUCUCUCUGAAGGGGAACGAUCUUUCUCAUCUGUUUGUUUUUUGCUUUCUCUCUGGUCGAUUGCUGAGUCCCCUUUCCAGUGUCUGGAUGAAUUUGAUGCACACAUGGACAUGGUGAAUAGGCGGAUAUCUAUGGAUAUGAUACUCACUAUGGCAGAUUCUCAGCAAUAUCGCCAGUUCAUUCUUCUAACGCCUCAACAUAUGAGCUCCCUCCCAUCUAGCAAUCGCAUCCGAAUUCUUCGAUUGCAAGAUCCUGAACGAGGACAGACCACGUUGCCUUUUGUGCCAAGAAACCAGGAAGAUGAAGAAACUGAAGAUUAAAUUCUCCAUCCUCCUGUCUGAA